AUGACGACCUCAUCGUCGCAGGCCCUCGACUACCUCGAGGGUCUGUCCGGCGCCAUCCACAAACGCCUGUACCAGCAGCCCUCGGCCGUCUUGGCCGUCUUUCGCCGCAUGCUGCCUCACUUGGCGAAGACGAUAGUCAUGGCGAUGCUCUACAUGACCGGCCCUCUCCCCGCUACGGAACUAGAGACAUGGAUACGCGAUGAUUCGAAUGGAGAAAAGGACAAGGCCAUUUCCGUGCUCGAGAGCCUCCACAUUAUAACCCAAGCGCAAGAGACAAAGGGACAGCGCGCCUACCGUCUUGCCAGCGGCUUUCAGAACUCUCUCCGACAAGCCCUCACCGGCGGAGGCAACCACCGAUCUUUUGGCGUGCCAUGCGUAGAAACCGGCUCGAAGCGCGUGUCGAUAGAACGACUAGACGCCUUCGCGAGAGGGCAGUGGGAAACUAUAUUACACUACAUGGUCGGCAGUGCGGGUUCGGCGCUGGUAGGCGGAUCAGAAAUCAGUCCUGCGUCCAAGACUCUCUUGGAUCUGGGCCAUUUUAUUGAGCUGAGAGGAGGACGGGCAAGCAUCACACAAGCAGGCUUCUCAUUCUUGCUGCAGGAAGUAAACGCACAAGUGUGGAGUCUGCUGAUCGUGUACCUCGAGAAUGCUCACAAGCUCAAAAUGGACAAUGUCGACGUCUUAUCCUUCCUUUUCAUGCUAGGCAGUCUUGAACUCGGACAGGACUACAGUACCGACAGCCUGACGGCAACCCAACUGCAAAUGCUCGAUGACCUCAACGACUUUGGCAUUGUCUUUCGCACCUCGUCCAAAUCCACACGCUUCUACCCGACCCGUCUCGCCACGACACUAACCUCAGACGCUGCCGCCCUCAACAAUAACGACUCCUUCUCCAACGCCCUCAACUCCACAUCAACCUCGGGCAGCAAGGGCUACAUCAUCAUCGAGACGAACUACCGCCUCUACGCGUACACGAGUAGCGAGCUGCAGAUCGCCGUGCUGGCCCUCUUCACCGAGCUGGAGACGCGCUUCCCCAACCUGGUGUCGGGCAAGCUGACCAAGGAGUCGGUUCAGCGCGCCAUCGGCCUCGGCAUCACCUCCGACCAGAUCAUCUCCUACCUCGACACGUACGCCCACCCGCAGAUGCAACGCAAGACGCCCGUCCUGCCGCCCACCGUCGUCGACCAGAUCCGCCUGUGGCAGAUCGAGGGUGACCGCAUGCGUGCGACCGAGGGCUUCCUGUUCAAGGACUUCAAGGAUUGGGAAGAAUUCCGCGAUUUGAAGGAGUACGCUGGACACAUUGGCGUGCUCGUUUGGAGUAAUGAUGUGAGGCGCUUGAUGUUCUUGACUCGCGUUGAGCAGAUUUCGCAGUAUAUCAAGAAUAGGCAGAAGAGGGCGUGA